GGGAAGGCGGGAGCUGAAAGAGGUGCCAAACCGGGGAGCAGGUUCGGGAUAGGAAGAGAUCAGGGUCGGGGAAGGUGGGAGGAUCGAGGCCCGAAGAGCAGGAUCGGGACAGAGGGAGAUCGAGAUCGGGGAAAAUGGAUCGACGUCGAGUCAGUGGGAGAUCAGGAUCGGGGAAGGUGGGACGAUCAAGCCCCAGGGAGCAGGAUUGGGAUAGAGGGAGAUCGAGAUCAGGGAAGACGGGAGCUGAAAGAGGUGUCAGACCAGGAAGCAGGUUCGAGAUAGGGAGAUAUCGGGAUCGGGGAAGGCAGGGGGAUCAAUGCCCGGGGAGCGGGAUCGGAAAAGAGGGAGAUCGGGAUCGAGGAAAGUGGAUCAACGCCGGGUCAGUGGGAAGCGGCAUCGGAGUAGACAUCGAGAUGAGCAAGAAGUGGGAUUGCGGUAGAGGGAGGUCGAGGUUGGAGAGGCCGGAGCGGAAAGAGAGGGAAAUCGGGAUCAGGGAAGGUGGGAGGAUCGAGGCCGGGUUAGAGGGAAGUCGCAUCGAAGCAGACAUCGAGAUGUCCAAGAAAAGGGAUUGGGAUAGAGGGAGGUCGAGAUUGGGGAAAGCAGGAGGAGAAAGAGGUCCCAGACCGGGGACCAGGAUCGCGAUAGAGGGAGGUCGGGAUCGAGAAACGCGGGAGCAGAAAGAGGUGGGAAACCAGGGAUCGGGAUGAGAUCGAGGACGCUCAGAGUGAAGAGAGGGGGGGGAAACGGACUCCAGUUUCCGAUGGA